AUGAAUGAUUUUGAAAGACUACGUCCAGUCGGGCCCCUGGAGAAAUACUCCACCGCACGCCAUUCACUCGGACUAUAUUUCAACGUCGCGGUGUCGGCAACCUACAUCUUGCCAGACACCUUCACUCUGCCAUUAAAAGACUAUGUGUAUAAGGCAUGUGAAACAUUGAUCGGCCAGCAUCCUAUCCUGUCCGCCAUCCCCGUCAAUGAAGAUACCGAAGAUACCUGGUUCGUGCGCCUCCCGGAGAUUGACCUGAGCCAGUCGGUGGCAUUUCAGAGGCGCACCCGCGACUUCCCCAACGACGAUGAACCGGAUGUAGAAUUGUGCGAAUUGUUGCAAGUUCAACAUAGCACGGGGUUUACGGCUCCUUUGCCGUUCUGGAGACUUUACAUCCUAACGGAUGAGGCGUAUGACCGGCGCUUUACGGCAGUCUAUGUGUUCCACCAUGCGAUUGGGGACGGAACAUCAGGGAAGGCUUUUCACCAGACGUUCCUAGAUGCAUUACACGCUGCUUCAUCCUUGACCCCAGGCGAGGUUAACCAAGUCAUCCCGUCACCCAAAUCACCGCUGCUGCCAAACCUGGAAGCCCUCCAUCCAUGUCCUACGACCAUCCCUUUUCUUCUUAAUGCUCUCUUUAGGGCAAAAGUAUGGUCUCCUCGCGAUUCCCGCCUCUGGACAGGCGCCAAAAUAUCUGCUCCGAUUGAGACUAAGCUACGCCAAAUUGUCAUUCCGGCCGCUGUGUCUGCGGCGCUUAGAAAGAACUGUCGCCAAAACAAUGCUACUGUCACCUCUGCUCUGCAAGCAGCAGUUGCCCGCGCCCUUUUCACCCACCUGCCAGAGAAGUAUACCAGAGUUCAAAUGAAUGGCGCACUGUCAUGUCGAAGGUGGCUAAAGGGAGGAGAGGUUACAGAUCAGUCCAUGGGCGUUUGGGUCAUGGACUUUGGGGAAAGCUUUUAUCGAAACCAGGUGAAUCAAUAUCCUGACACCUUCCCAUGGGGUCAAGCCAGGAAGUCCCGCACGACGAUCGAACAGGCACUGGGUCGCGAAGGAAAGAACGCCGGCGAUCUCUUUGGGGGUAAGAUCGGCAAAAACCGAAAUGAAAGCUUUGAAGUGUCAAAUGUGGGAAUCUUGCAGCCCAAACAGGCAGAAGACCCGUCGCGGCCGCAGAUUAAACGGGCGAUGUUCUCCCAGACACCCAGUGCUUUAGGUGCAGCCCUGCACGUCUCGUCAAUCACCGGUGGUGAUGGCUGUUUGAUUUUGGGAAUCACAUGGCAGACAGGCAUUGCGGAGCCAGAGCUGGUCAAUGCGGUCAUUGACACCCUAAUUCAGCAGCUACACAAUGCUGCGCGGUGA